AUGGUCAACCUGUUCAAGUAUCUGAAAUCAGAGACACAGGUGUCGCCAUCUGUCUCGUUGUCAUCUCAGAAAGCCUCGCCUGCACUCGUUGAGAAUACUACGGCUACACCUACAUUAGCUGGCUCGGGGGUGCUGGUAGAUGAGCCCAUGCCUAGUGCUUCGAGCUUUUCAACGCAAGGAUCUACGACAAUUGCUCCCGGUGCUAUGUCCUUGCUGCAGCAGGCUCAAUACGAUGAUGUCACGGCGCAGGGUGAGCGAGCCAGGGACAUUCCCAAGUACCCUGGGCUACCCGACCGCUAUGUGCUCGUUGAAAAGUUGGGAGAAGGAACGUUUUCCGUGGUCUAUCGUGCCAUCGACCGCGAAACAAAUCUUCACGUCGCGUUGAAAGCCGUUCGUAAACAUGAGUCAUCCGGCAACGAAGUCCUCGAUGCUAGGCUACGCGAACAGUCUCGAACUACGGAGCGAUCGAAUAUCCUCCAAGAGGUGCAGAUCAUGAGACGUCUUCAACAUUCUUCUAUUGUCCAACUACUCGACUUUUGCGAGUCGGAUGAUUAUUGCUUCCUUGUUAUGGAGAUGCUCGAUGGCGGUGAGCUGUUUGAUCAGAUUGUCAAGCUGACUUACAUGAGCGAGCCGCUAGCGCGUCAUAUCAUCUGCCAGGUGGCGGAGGGUAUUCGCUAUAUGCACAAGGAGUGUGGCAUUGUCCACCGGGAUAUCAAGCCGGAGAAUCUCUUGUUCGAAAAGAUUGAUAUUAUACCUUCCAAAGAGGUCGUUGUGCGCCCCUAUGAUGAAGACAAAGCAGACGAGGGUGAAUUUACUCCUGGCAAAGGUGGUGGUGGUAUCGGCCGUGUCAAGAUUGCCGACUUUGGCCUGAGCAAAAUCGUAUGGGAGGAAAGCACGAAGACUCCGUGUGGCACGGUAGGGUAUGCGGCACCUGAAAUUGUCCGCUACCAGCACUACUCUUUGAGUGUCGAUAUGUGGGCCCUCGGAUGUGUCUUGUAUACCCUACUGUGCGGCUUUCCUCCCUUUUACGACGAGUCCAUCAAGACUCUGUCUGAGAAAGUAUCACGCGGGCAAUAUUCGUUUAUGAGUCCAUGGUGGGACGAUAUAAGCGACGAUGCGAAGGACCUUGUUGCCAAGCUUUUGUGUGUUGAUGUUGAUAAACGCUUGACUAUUGACGAGUUCUUCGACCACCCAUGGAUUCAGCCAGCCAAGCCCCUUCUUGCCAAGCCGCCGAUACCCACGCCGCGACGACAACUGGCUCACCUGGGGCUCGACAGCUCCGCGAUGGAUUCGCCUCUUCUAGCCUCCCUGCACGGUACUGAAAUGGCAGAAGACAAUCGCCGUACUGUCAACAAAAACUAUCUGCGUGAGGCCUUUGAUGUCUCUUUCGCCGUUCAUCGAAUCGAGGAAGAGAUGCGCGAGGCGCAAAAACAUGACUCAAAUUCUCUCCGCUCGCGCAUGUGGAAGAAUAUCUCUGGUAUGCGUGCCGAUCCUACGAAGAACGAUGUGGAUCGUGCCAAGCAACGACAUGGUAACUUGGCAGCAAAAAUCAUUGCAGACAAGCAGGCGGCUCACUCUGCACCCCCAUCGGUGCGUGGUCCAGCGGAUGCUUUUAGCUUGAACCUCAACGGUGCGACUAUUUUGGAGCGCCGCAAGCGACAUGCGGUUGAAAUGCCGGAGCCUGAUCCGACUUCACGCACGCACUCGUUUCCGAAGCCGAUGGCCAGUCAGGUAGCCUAA